CUUGUGUUGUUUACUCUUUGGUCCUUUAAUUUUUCGUUCUUUCUCACUGCUUGUCUCUGCCAACACCCGACGAUUGUAAUGGAGGAUAUUUUGACGUUUUUCUUUUAGUAGAAGUUAGUUACACACGUUUGGAUGGCUCUGGUCGUACUUUCUUGUGUUAUCCGUACAAAGGGGAAGUUCGUCUCUGAUGCUUCUUGGUUAGCUGACGUUAACGUCAGUGAGGUUAGCUAACUUUGCUAGCGCAUGCUAUCGCAAGGCGGUGAAGUAAAGUAACAUUAACGGUUCAGUACAGAAACUUUCUUCGAGUGAACUGUGUGUGAUAAAUUGGGUUUUAGAGCUGUUUAGCUAACUGCUGGUGGCUAACUGCUGGGAAGCUAAACGAUAACCUCAGCACUCCUGGUUGAGUUUUGCUUGAUUCGCCUCAGAAAGACAGCUUGCAUCACCUGCUACCGUAAUGAUGGACUUUGACAAUAUAUUGAACAUUGCCUCUCAAAACCAGGGCCUCAGCAGCAUCCAGAAGAGAUACAGUUUACAAGCUGGACCACCCAAAAAGGACCCAAAGUCGAAAGGUGUCAAUCCUGCUGCUGUGCAGGCACUUAUAAAGAAGCAACACAUUGACAACAGAAAGAAAGAAAUGCAAAUGAAGAAACAGAAGGAUGAACUGUUAGCGAAGAGGGUUGAGUUGAAGUCGGACCGUAAAGCGCGAGCCAUGGCAUCCAGAACGAAAGACAAUUUCAGAGGCUACAAUGGCAUCCCUGUGGUAGAGGGCCCUAAGAAGCGAAGAUCCAAACACGAUAUGGAGCAAAAUAAUUCAGUGAAUGAGGAACAUUUUAGGAAUAGCUCAAUAGACCCAGAAGAUGAUGAGGAUAAUUAUGAAUAUGAACAGACAGAUUCAGAGCCAGAGCAGGAGCCAGAGCCGCUGAGGCCAGGGAGACCCACAGGUGUUGGUGGGAGCAGUAGCAGCAACAAACCCUCUUCUAGAAAACCCAGCGGACCUCCCAAACCUGCUCCACCUCCCAUGAACUUCGCCGACCUGCUCAAAUUGGCUGAGAAGAAGCAGUUUGAGCCAGUUGACGUUAAACCAAAGGCAGUGAGAAAGGAAGAAAGACUCCGCACCGCUGACGAGAUAAAGGAACUGGAGAUGGAGCGCAAGGCCAAGAGACAUGACAAAGAUAGAGACUUAAAGGUAGAGCGCGAAAGAGAUGGCAAGUCUCAGUCUAGCUUUAGUUCAAUAAGAAAAAGCACUUUAGAGAAGGAACAGAAGAACUGCAGACCACAAAAGAACUCUGAAAAGCCAAGUCUGCCCAGUGGGUCAGUGAGGAAGUCGCAUCCAACACACACUAGUGACAGAGGCCUCUCUUCUUCUAAGCCGUCUGUAACCGACAGGGAAAGAGAUAGGAUGAAGACGUCGCAUAGUGACAGAGACAGACCCAAGACAAGCUCGUCUAGUUCAUCGGGUGCUAUAAACAGUAGAGUUCCUUCAAAAGCCACAUCAUCUCAGGUUUCAGCCAAACAAGGGCCCCCCAGGCCCUCAUCUAGCCACAAAUCCAGCACCUCAAGUGACCUUAGUGUUAAAAAAGAAAGCUCAUUAUUAGUUCAAAGAAAAGCUUCAGGUAUUCCUGGGGCCAGGCCUUCUGGUACAGCUGGCACAGGUCAAAAAUCUCAACAUGGGAGCUCCCAACAGACCAGGCCCAGUCAGGGGAGCUCCUUAAAGCAGGGGCCUGCAGUUGGAGGCCAUAAGUCUGGAAAAGGAGAAUCACUAAGGCCUGGAAUUAAUUCUGCCAUAAAAUCAGGUGGUAAUUCAGUCAUGAGACCUUCUUCGGGCGUCCCUCCUAAGGCAGGAAGCCAACCUCAGGCCAGGCCUGGAGGCACACUCCAGACGAGACCAGGUUCUGUGCCACAGGCUAGGCCUGGUGGGAGUGGACUACAGGGUAGUGGAUCCCGACCGCCAGGGAUCGGUCCAGGUCGAGCUGGUGGUGGAGGUCUGGUAGCAGGGCGACCGUCUGGCAGCAUUGGAUCAGGACCUGGUAGACCCAAGUGCACUGUGGUGUCAGAGACCAUCUCAUCCAAGAAUGUUGGUGGACCUAGACAGGGAGUCCCUCCUCGGCCAGGAAUGCCGCAGAGACCGGGAAUGCCGCAGAGACCGGGAAUGCCGCAGAGACCGGGAAUGCCGCAGAGACCGGGAAUGCCGCCUAGACCUCUGAUGAACAGACCACCAGGACCAAUGUUGCCCCCUAUCACGUCUGCGUACAAGAGGAAAUACGAGGAUGAAGACGAGUACGACUCAGAAAUGGAUGAUUUCAUCGAUGACGGAGGCGAAGAGCAAGAAGUAAUUUCCAAGCACAUUAAGGAAAUCUUUGGAUAUGAUCGAUCCAAAUACAAAGAAGAAAGUGACUAUGCACUUAAAUUCAUGGAGAGCAGCUGGAGAGAUAUGCAGAAAGAAGAGGCCAGGAGCCUGAAACUAGCUGUGCAGGAGGAUCUGGAGGAGGAGAAGAAAGAGGAAGAGGAGCUGAAAAGGAAGAGUGCCAAGAGGAAAAAAACCAACUGAAGCCUUGUUGCCACUGAGACGAAUUUAAAAAAAAGAAAGAAAAGAACCUUGUGUACCCUGAGAGACGGAACAGCGGGUCUGCUAUCUUAACACCUGAAGCCCUCUGACUGUGUCCACUCUGGCCCAAUGUUACUUUCUAGCUGCUUCUUUCCAUUUGUGUGGAUAAAAACUGAGUGGAAUGAUGUAUGGCAGUGUCUCAAGAGGAAAACAGAAGAAGAAUUUUAGCGAAAAGACAAACUGAAAUGGCAAAAUAUGCACAAAUCAUCCAGGCAUCAGGAUAUGGUAAAAAGGUCUCCCAUUUUCCCCUGUUAUAUUAUUUAUUUCCCCCCAACUGAGUGCAGGGUUUACAGCAGUCCUGAUGUGUAAAAGGAGUUGAGCUGCAAAGACAACUAUAAAUAUGAGAAGAGGUGUUUUUUUCUAGUCUAACAAUAACAUACUACGUCAAGUGUUGAUAACAUGCUAUUUUUGAGCAAAGUUGUUGCAUAUUUUUCCAAACAAACUUUGAUUGUAAAGUCAGUCAAAUAUGCAGGAAACAUUUGGUAUGCUGUAUGUUUAUCUUUAAAAGCAUUUGACAGAAAUGUUUGCAUCAAGGGUUUUAAUUUAACCGUCUUGUUUUGAGUGAGUGUUUCUGAGAUUGUGACAAUCUUAGUAAAUAUAUGCAGAAGUUAGAGGUCACUUGUAGCAAAUGGUCUGAUUUUUAUUUGUCAAUGAAAUAUUAUUUUCUUGCCAUAAAUUGCGUGUAUUAUUGUUUGA